GCUGCCUCCGCCUUCUUCCUGGUGUUGUUUCUGUGGGUGUUGCUGCUGACAGCGGAGAGACUAAAUCGCAGAAUCAAACUUUCUCUGGGCUGGAGCGGGAUGAGUGUUGAAUCCCUGCGAUCGCUUCUCCCAGGUGCCACAUCUUCUGCUUCACCCUGUGGCACAACCACUGCAGAGGAGCAACAUGCACAGCAGACUGACAGCACGGACAAAACGCCAAGGUGCCCCGUGGUCGUAGAGAAAAAUGCUCACCCCCCUUCAAUCGUCAUCAAUGUCACAACAAACAUCAAGCCUGCCGGUCAAAGCAGGGGCGGAGACUGUGAGUGGGAGGAGCCUGAGGAGACCCAACCUUCCCUACAGGAGAUGGAGAUGAAGCUGCAGGAGAUCUGCGCCAUGGCUGCAGGUCAAACCCUGGAGGAGCUGGAUUACGACACGGUGCACGACCUCUCCCUGCUGCUGGACGCAGGGGGCCGCGGUGGAGCCGUGCAAAGGUUGGGUCACGCCUUGGGGGUCCCAGCUGAGGUCCUCAGCAACCUGCACGGCUUCCAGGAGCUCUUCCGCUACCUGCGCACCUCCACCUACACGCUCUUACCGCAGCUGGCCCAGGCGGUCGCCACGCUGCACCGCCCCGAUGUGGUGGCCAGGAUGCAUCGGAGCCUGUUGACGCGGCGCUCAGGGGCCAGUGGCACUCGGGCCCGGGAAUCAGGGCUGCACUGAUCCACGGGAACGGCCUGGUGCGGCUACGCAGCUCUCUGACACCCAUCCUGCCGUAAGAAAUCAGGGGCAAAACUGUGGCGAGUGCCACCAAGAAAGAAACACCACGGUGUGUUCAGGGAGAUCCUUUUACACACCCCUUUGUCCGAACAGUCCCGAUGCAAUUCCUUCACCCUGGAUUUAAGCAUUAUGUCAGGAAGAAAAUACAUAGGGGUAGCGCAGGGGUAUCUGAUGUGAGUUGUGGGUUCGUGUCCGAGCUGCGUCCGCUCCGGUGGGGGGCGUGUCUCCGUGCCCCCUAGAUUACCACAUGACUUAGUGUCUUAGCUGUGAUUUUAUAUCUCACCGGGACAGCUUGUUUGCUGAAGUGUGCCAGAGCAGUGGCCCUUAAUGGUCACCGAAUGUUAUAAGUGGAAGCCGAUUGUUUGAUUCUUGUUUCCAAAGCGAUAGACAGCAUGCCGAGGUGCACUAUGUCUCCUCAAACCCUUGUAUCAGUGAGCCCCCCCGCUGCUGAACCCUUUCUGAGUGUUAAAUAACACUGUGACCCCUGCAUUAUUCAGCCCAGUGUAACUGAGCCCAGAACAAGGUGAGCACUAAUGUGUCGGCCAUUAAAAAUGAACGAGGAGGCUCGAGUUGGGGGGGUGUGAAGGGGCGAUAUGGGCUGGCAACGAAAACACGGAGGCGUGCGAUGAGGUGGAGAGCUCAGUUCUUAUUGGAAGUGGCGCUAAGGGGUCUUAACUGCUGCAAUGCAGUCUCUCCUUGCUAACCCCCCCCAACACCCAGGCUUGCUCGCCCCUGUAAAUAUGUACGGUAAACGGUAACAAUGAACGCGGUCCCCAUCUGUCUCAGAGCAAGCAGACAUGUUCACAUCUUUGACAACAGCAUCGCUAGUCGUUCAGUUCCCCAAAUGCAAUGCUCUCUCUUUUACUGCUAUUACUGUUAUUUUUGUUGCUAUUAUUUAGCCAGCAUCUUAUUGCAUGAUGAUGGAAGAAAGAACAUGGGGGAGAAAAUAAAAAUUUGUAUGGUGACUUGGGUGGGGGAGGGGGUGCAUUUGUGCAGAGGAUUAAGGUGAAUGGAGGGCAGCAUAAUUUGUAAUAAAGAUGAAUUACCAUCCAUGGAGACUUUAUGGUCACCCGUAUGUA